AUGCCUCACGCAACUGAGCCAUCUAAUCCUAGUAAUCCUAAUGGUUCUAUUGCCAUGACGUCUAAUAUGCCGGAAUAUAUUGUUGCGGCCGUUAAUAACGCUAAUAACGCUAAUAAUGCUAGUAAUGCGGCUCAAGUAUUUUAUACUGCGGACCAAAACGCAAUGGCUCCUCAGCAAUUUCUUCCCUAUCGCCAAUAUUACACAUGCUGUGGUGAAGAUCGGGUUAAUUUACACGAUCUUUUUCAACACAUUGACACUGUUCAUCCGAAUCUAUUCGUUGAUUCCACUUAUGGAAUUAUGUCUUUUGACACAAGCACAAUAUACUCGCCCCAAUCAAUUUCGCCGAGUACGAUUCCUGUCUCAUUUCUAGAAGCUCCGUCUUUUCCAAAUAUUUCAAUUCAAAAGGAUCAUCAAUUAACGGAGGAAGAGCGAAAUAAUCAAAUGAAUCAACUCGUAGCUUCUAUGAGUAAAUGGUUUGGUGAUAUCGGACAAUCUGAUGAUUUGUCUCAAUCACGGGACGACGAAUCAUGCAAUACGUUACCUGGUGCUUUACGAGAUCCUAAAACUGCUACUCCCUUUCUUGGUCCAACAGCGCUUUCUGAUAAUGACCUUUUGGCGAUGAAAGCGAAAGCGAACAAUAAAAAUGAUGAUGAUUUCUACUUGACGUCUCCAUACUCCCCAUCUUCACCAUUAGAUCUUAGAGAUGCCCCUACCCCAUUAGAUCUUAGAGAUGCUUUAGAUGCUCCUUCUCCGUUGGAUCUUAUUCCAGCGUUGGAAAUGGAAAAUCAGGAAAUGACAUCGUUAUCACCUUCAUCUAUAAAUAAUGCCAGCGUUCCAAUUUCUUCGACAGCAAGUUCACCAGAUAAUGGCGCUACUGGUUCUUCAAUUACGAGUUUAAACUACUCGACAAGUUCACCUAAUAUUAGAUCCAAUGUUUCUUAUUCGACUACUCCUAAUGAUGGAUCUAAUGUUUCUUAUUCGACAAGUCCGUCAACUACUCCUAGUAAUAUUUCAAACUCUGUUGGCCAAUGUCAAUCAGACAAUACCAGUGUUGCUGUUUCUUAUUCAAUAACAAACUUAAGUUCAACGGAUCAAAGUCAAUCAUCUGUCAAUCUCGAUAGUGGCGUAACUGCUUCACCAAUUGCUAGUUUGACUACAAAUUUUAACUUAAUUGAUCAAAAUCAACCCUCCGCUAUUUUUAAUACUGCUGCCACCACUGCUUCUUCGGCCACGCGAGUUAACUCAACUGGUCAAAGUCAAUCUUCCGUUACGUCCAAUGCUGUCAUUAAUGCUGCAAGAUUCGACCAUCAAUCGCCCAUGAAUUUUAAUAAGGCCACCAAUGCACCUUCAGCCGCAAGAUUCGGUCAUGUUCCUUUGAAUGCAAGAUUAAGGCAAUAUCAAUCACCUGUUGCUUUUAAUACCGGCGCUGAUCAACGUCAAUAUUCUAUUGUUGACAAUACGGCCGUUUCUGCCACUUCUUCAAGAGGAAUCCAAACAUCUCAAUAUCGACCUUCUAGUUCUGUCGUUGCCACUGCUUUUACAUCUCCAAGAGUAACAAUGGAGCAAAUACAUCGGGCUCCCAUCAAUCGAAAUACUGCCACGUCUUCAACAACCAGCGUAAAUACAGUGGAUCAACGUCAAUCUCCCAUAAGCCGUAACACUACAACUACUGCUAAUUCUUCAACAGCAAACAUAAAUGCAAUGUAUCAACGUCAGUCUUCUAUUACUGGCACUACCGCUUCUUCUAGAUUAAACUUAAUGGGUCAACGUCAAUCUAAUAACCAUUUGACCGCAAGAAUACUUAGUCAACGCCAAACGGCCUUUACGGCUGGGAGAAUCAAUCAACGAUUGUACAAUACAAUUGGUCUCAAUAACGGCACGACUACUGCUAUAAUUAAUAACAGCACGGCUACUACAAUUAAUGACGGCACGACUGCUAUUUCUGCUACAAUUAAUAGCGGAACGACUACUACUACCGCUACAAUUAAUCAAUGUCCCCCGUCGAUGAGCGAUCUGCAGAACAAUAUGAACCAGCAGCAAUCUUCAUAUGGCUCUCUAACGAUACCGACUUUCUUGUCCGACAAUAGUAGUUCUCAACAGACUACCUAUUCAUCUUCACCGACAAAUAAUUCAUACACAAAUUAUUAUCAAGCAAAUAGCAAUUCGUCGCCUGCAGCGGCAACGACAGAUCAAGUAACGUUAGGCAACAAUUCUUUAACAUCGGUCGAUAAUACAGUCGACGGUUAUACUGGAAGGCCAGGGCUUAGGUCCGGGCACAGCUCUUCUUUCGUCGUGGCCAGAUAUCCACCCAUCCAACCGAAGUCUGACAUAUCGGUUUCAAUGGCUGAUGUGUACACCGAUCCCUCUCUCGGUUACUCUGGUGGUCCUUCGCAGGGCAACAAAAGGGCCUCGGCCAGCUCGGAAGACCCUCGUCCGAACAAAAAAAGAGCAAAGGCACCUGUUCCUCUGUCAGCUGACUCUCGGGAGGAUACAGACAUGUAUCCAUAUAAGUGCCCUGUGCCCGGAUGUCCAAAGGCAUAUAAAAAUGCCAAUGGAUUAAAAUACCACAACGAACAUGGUCACGUCCCUCAAUAA